AUGACCAACGUAUUUUAUUCACUAAUUUUUACUGAUACUUGUAAGUAAAUAUUGGAUAUUAAGGGAUCAAUUGAUUAAAUUAGGUUCUAUAAAAAUACUGAUUACAAAUUGAAACAUACUUUGUUGAUAUUUUCAGAAUAAAUUACGUACUAGGAACAGAGAGCAAUUUACAGACUCAAUUGCAAAUUUAAAGUAA